AUGUCCAACAUGCCUGGCACUGCACAGGCCACGGUCUUCGACCCCGCCGCACACUCCCAUCUGACGCCGUAUCUGGCCGGCCUACACGCCCAAUGCAUUACUCGUGACCUCAUGAUCGGGAGCUUCCUCCCCCCGUUAACCAACGACAAGCUCCUCAACUGGUGGAAAGAUCGGAUCGCUGAGACCAAGUCAGGGGAGAGAGUCAUCAUCCUCUUGCUAAAUGAGGCGGAGCCCGGGGCCAAGGUGAAGGGAGAAGAUCUGGUUGGGGUCGCCAUGCUCGCAACUCCACACUCAGAAACGAGUCCGUUUCGUGCCCGCGUCGAGAGUCUCCUCGUCGCCGCUAAGUACCGGGGGAAGGCCGGGUCCGUGACGUUGAUGAACGCCGUGCAUGGGCAAGCAACCCUGAAGGGCAAGACGCUUCUGAUGGCCGACGCGGAAAGCGGAAGUGUUGCCGAGAAAGUCUUCAAGAAGUUGGGAUAUGAAGAGAUCGGAACGGUGCCCAACUACAGCCUCAAUGCCUCUAGUGAGCUCAAAGAUGGCGUCUUUCUCUACAAGACACUCAAUACAUAG